AUGGGACCAGACGCUAAAAAGAGGAGAAAUCAAAAGAAGAAGCAGAGGCAGAAACAAAAAAAGGCCGAAGCUAAAAACGAGCAUUCAGAGGGUGCCGAUGAAGCUCAUGACCAAGAGAUUCUGGGCUCUGAUGCCGGUUUAUACGCCAAAAACGAGCAUGCAACGGUUGAAUCUGAAGCUGGCGAAGUCUCAGAAUCGACCCCAGAAAGCAUAACCGAAAUUGAUUCGGUUGCAGUUACUGAAGGCCCCCAGGCAGUUAAAUCAGUGCAAAGCUGUGCUGCCAAGAAAGCACCAAAGGAUGUCGUCUAUGAACUUUCGGAGCCCACGGCCACCGAGGGCGACUUCCGCGAAAUUCACGCUCCUGCGGAAAAUCGAGCUUCGUCUGAGAGCAAUACUGAAGCGGAUAUUCCUCCUGCACAAGAGAAUGCUGUAGAUAUGAUUCUCAAUGAUACAACUUCAGAAGUAGAUACAAAGGAUAUUGUUAGUGGCUCUGAACCUCCCGAAUAUUCUCAUGGUCAUGCCUCUCUCGAGUCUGGGAGUAAACCACAAGCUACUGAAGUCCAAGGUGAGCCUGGCUUAGUUGGGAACAUAGAUGUUGAGCAGGUGCUGAAAGUUGCGGUGAAAACUGAUUACCUCGCGGAACCUUGUCAGCACUUACCAUCUGCCGUUGGAGCACAUGAAAACUCAGGCCUGCUUAGCAGCCCGAGCAAUGUUGAUAAAGCUGAAAUACAGAAAAGCGCCGGCACCGAGGAAGGCCAUGUGCAAGGUUCAGAACAGCUAAAAGGCGGUUUGCUUUCCAUUGACCAAAUACAAACGGAAAGUUCAGUUCUUUCGUCUGGAGCACCAGAUGAACACAUCGGCCAUCCAGCAGAUUUGGAACAGGCGGUGAGUGCUUCUGACCCCGCAAUAUCGGUUGAAGCUCAACAGAAUCCUCAAUCAAACACAACUGAAGAAACAGAUGAAGAAAGAACUCUUCCUCCUAUCAACCAGUCGCAAUCUCUCGAUGAGCUUGGUGUAAAGCUCGAUGAACAACUUCCCAAAGCUUCGCACCCAGCUACAGCAUCUACAACAUCUAGCACCUCUUUUCUAAACCCCGAGGAGCAGCAGCUAACAAGCAUCAACCUACCUAAAAGUGCUGAAGAAGAAGUUAAAAAUGGAACAGAUAUGCACUUGGCGUCUAAAAGAGACGAUGAAGGGUCAAAAAGCCCAACUUCCCCGCAAAUCGAAUUAACCGAGGAGAGACAAGAAUCAAAUAAUGAUGUAAAGAGCUUGAACCAUCAAUCCAGCUUGGUGUUACCGGAUGAUUCGGGCACAAGCUGCGUCCAAGAAGAGGCUGCAGCUGCGGAUAGCCAGUUACCACAGGAAAAAUCGACUGCUGUGCAGGCCGAGGUCCAAAAUUUCGGUGAAAAUGAAGACUCGCUCAAAGAUGGAACCAGAAUGGGGUCGGGAAUGACAUCUCAACAUGAGAAUGACUUUUUCCAGAAUAGUGGGAGUGACGAACGGUUACCAUGGGAGCAAAACGAUGUUGAUCAUUCCAAGCCCGCACUAUCAAGCAAGCAGGAGAACACUAGCUCACAAGAAAUAGGUGCUAUCUCUCAACCAGACAAUCCUGCAUCCGCUCUUUUUGUUGAAAGUGGUGAUCCUAAUUCCUAUGAAGAACAGCUGCCUUGGGAGAGUGCUGAGCAUACAGCUGAUGCGCCAGUUGUGCCUGGAAAUGCAACCGGAGACGAACAUUCGGCGCACCAUGGCACUUCAAUUGGCAACAUGAGUACUAGUCGUCACGAGGAUUUAUUUUCUGAGAAGGACGCCAGUGACGAAUCUCUACCCUGGGAAAAGGAGGAGAGUCAAGAACCUCUGCCCUGGAAAAAGGAUGAGAGCGAAGAACCUCUGCCCUGGGAAAAGGAGGAGAGUCAAGAACCUAAGGACUCUUCGCCAGUUGAGCAAGCUGUUGAGGCGGAAGAACCGGUAAAGAAAUUCUCUUUUCUCGAACAAGAUGACGAUCUACUUGAUGACGAUGACAGCUUUUUAGAAUCUGACGAAGAAAUCAAUGAAAACCUUGCGACACAACCAGAUACAGGUUUAUUAAAUGAAAAAAUACAGGAUCCUCCUGCUUUGCCAAGUUCUGCCGUAGCUCCAGAGGCUCCUUUCAAUAAGUACAAACCGUCACAGGUGGCCUCGGGAGUACCCUUGAUCCAAAGUUCUCGGCCUGUCGCUCAUAUUACUCCUCGGGAAGAACCCAAAGUUUUUAACGAUCCCCACUUACCUCAAGAAAAUCAAUACGUCCCACAGCCCACAUUUAUAAACCCUGUGGUCCCUGCCGUACAGCCCGCUUUCCCCCAAAAUUUUAAACCGAAUGUCAAACCUUUGGACACAAUUCACACAAAGCUGGAUGAAGAGAAGAAAAAGUCAGACGCAUAUGAUCUUCCGCUUGAACUUGUUCCAAGAAAACCGAAGAAGGCAGCGCACGCUAAACCUUUUGGUGCUUCCACUACAUCUCUGCCUUCUGGGAACUCAUCAAGUAUCACAUCGCCCAUUCACCACAACACUGUGCCUUUGAGGAGUUCUUCCAUUGUUUCUGGCGGCGCACCCCAACCAGCACAGGUAAGCUCUCCCUACGUCAACAAACCGAGUGUACCUCCUACUUCUUACGCUCCCAGUGCUUCCUACGGUCCGGCUUCCUUGGCAAAUACUCAACCUAUUCAAAAUGCACCUUCACCACACAAUGUCCCCGUUUCUAAGCCGACCGCCAACCCUUACGCGCCUCCGCUAGUGCCUAGGUCGCAAGGUUCGCAUACAUCAUAUACACCUUCAAAAGUCCCACAACCAUUGUCAUCAGCGACCGAUGCUUCUGCUCUCGGAAGGUACGCUCCUUCGAAUGCAAAUUCGGAUGUUCCUAGGGCACAAAACUCAUUGCAGGCAUUUUCUGCGCAAGCUAGAUCGAGAGCAUUUAGUAACGUAUCCAGUGGAAGCAUUGGCUCAGCUGGUAGCUCAGGGCGUCAGCUAAACGCUCCUGGUCCACGUUAUUAUAGUCAGGAACCUAUGGCAAAUAAGCCUGCAGGGUAUCCGCUUGCUCAAACAGAGGUGGGGCCUAAAGUGGUCCCUGCUUUGAAAACCAUAGGUCUCUCAAAAGUUGGGCCUUCGGCGUUGUCGCCUAAUUCCCAAAGGAGAACACAUGCACGUUCGAAUUCUAGUGUUUAUGCACCAGCGCAUUCAUCGAAAUACGCACCAACGGUUCAACCGCAAUUUCAUCUUGCCCCUCAUGGAGGAACUGGCGAUUAUUCUGUAAAUCCUCAAUUCGAGCAGCCAGCUCCACAUUAUGUUUCAAAAACGGGGGUUAAUAGGGCAAAAUUGGUCGCAGAAACACCAACUGAACGGCCUGUCGAUCCUCAGAUUGCCUUUCACCGGCAGUUUCCUAUUUUUCAUUGGGGUCAAUCCUCUAAAAUAGUUUACGCCAUACCUCCCAAAAUCGAUCCGAACAACUACCUCUCGUCAAAUGCCCCUGGACAAGCGAUAUCGGUAGUUGGCUAUGAUGUGGUUUCCAAACCAUCAAACCUAAUGAAAAGUUUCCCUGGCCCCUUGGUCAAAAACAAAACAAAGACUAAGGAUGUUGAUAAAUGGAUAGCUGACGCUUGUACAGAGCUGAGCGCGCUGAGUUCGCUCAAAGAUAUCUGUAUCUGGAAGAUCCUGAAGCUAAAGCUCUCUUCGGAAUCAACCAUGAAAGAUAUUUCACACGCACUUUAUGACUCGGACGAACUGCUACCGUUUUUGUCGCAACCAUCAUCUAUGAAAAAGGGGGGUUUUAACUCAAAUAAGUUGGAUGAAAACAGUCAAUUAAAGGUUCUAGCUGCACUCCAGACAGGCAACCAUCUUCAAGCUCUGGACUUGGCGCUUUCACAGCGCGACUUUGCUCUGGCUUUGAUACUUGGGAGCCUUUUGGGAAAGGACAAGUGGUCGGAUGUUGUUGAUAUUUACUUACAUGAGGAGUUUCAGUCGUCGAAUGAAGGCGGUGGCAGUUUCUCGGUGAACCUCCUCGCCUUGAUAUUCCAGGUAUCAGUCGGUAACAGUAGGCGUGUGAUCAAGGAAUUAAGCGUCAAUCCUUCAAAGGAACUUUGGGCUAUGCAAAACUGGAAGAUGAUCAUAUCUGCAAUUUUAAACAACGUCAACCACCAACAUGAGAAUGAUUCCGCUAAGACGCAAAAACUUCCACUUCUAUGCUUAGAGUUCCUUGUUGAGUUCGGAGUCUUUUUGUGUCAAAGAGGAAUGGUUAUAGAGGGUUUCACAUCAUUUGUGAUUGCUGACGUUCCACUGUCUGUCCACGAGGUUAUUCCUGGUUCCGGCGUGAGAUUCCAAACUGUGGGUAGUAUGAAUUCUUCUGAGAGCUAUUUCCUGUCUGAGAUCUAUGAAUACUUGCAUAGCCUAGCAGACCCAAAAUUUUCAGGAUUUGACCACUUACUGCUGCAGAAGGUUGCACAUGCGGCUGCUUUAACUGGUUACGGUCUGACUUCGGCUGCUUCGAGAUAUACAGACCAAUUAGCCCUAAGUUUAAAGUCACUUCCAAAAAACAGCCAUAUAGCACACACCGUAAGCGCGCGGCUGAACUUUGUUUCUUCAAAACUAACAGGCACGAACGGUAGUUGGCUGGGCAAGCCAAAGCUGAGUCAGGUGUGGGGUCAACUCGAUAAGUCCUUUAACAAGUUCAUUGGAGGGGACAAUGAAGAGGUAGCGGACAAGACUUCUGAGAGAAUCUUUGAGAAUUUCACGCCCGGAAGCUCUAGAAAUGGGUCCAAACUUGAUUUAUCUCAACAGGGAUCAUCAUUUAACCCAGCUGCUUCGCUCAACGCUGGAUUAGUACCCAACUUCCAGCCAAAGGAGAAGAUAUUGAGUACAGGACCUCAAGCCGAAUCUGAUAGGGCACAUUUUAAUAACAAGCUCAAUGGAUUUGUUGCCCCUGGGAUUCCGCCAUCUAAGAGCCAAGUUUGGAGCGGCCAGCCACCUCAUGAUAUAAAACAAACUCAACCUCAAAGUCCUUGGGCGACAACUCAAAACCACUAUACACCUAUGGCAGCUUCCAACAGCUCCCUGAACUCGCCUGUCCAGACACUGUACAAAAGCUCCCCAAUUAAGACUAGGGAUCCCCCGGAUUCGGCUAUUACACCUCCCCCAAUUUUCUCUACCUCCUUGAGAAAAGACAAAAAGGAUAGUGCAAGUGUUGAGGAAUCGAACAGGACAGCGUUUGAUCCACCUCUCAUUUCAAGCAAUAGAUCGAAAACAAAGAAAUCUCAAAGGCUUGAGCGCAUCAAUCGUGAAUUGCUCGCAGAUCUCUCUACCCCACCCCCUCCUCCUGUUAGUGGCAGUACUGAUUUUUACGAUAGCAGAAGAGGCAGCAUACAAUCACGCGGUAGCAUACAAUCGCACAUAUCGACUCUUUCUUCUCCGAAACAAGCUCCUUUGAGUUUUGCUGCCCCAAAGCUCGACUCAAGCAUCGAAUCAGAGGCGGAUAGUUCUAUCCAUCAAGGUCACAUUAGCCAGCAAGACCUUAGCCAAAGUACUGAUCAAUCUACCUUGAAAGAACAAAAAGAUGAUGAUAUCAAUUUUGAAGGUUCAGAAAACCGCUCUUACGAGCCUCAUUUGGAUGAAAGAAGUGUUGUGCCUCCCCUGUCUACAUCGCAACCCGAGGUGCCUGCUUCCAUGGAAACUAAUGAGGCAUUAGGUACUGCUCCGAUUGGUAAGACUUCUAACGAGCUCCAGCAUCCAGUUGAGCCCGCCGCGACUAGCAUCUCUAGCACUGUCGAGGGUGCACCUGUUUACACUGAAAACCCAGGUACCAACGAUAAUGAUGGGCCUAUGUCGCUAGCUGGUGAGACGACCACAUCGGAAAUUUUAGGUGAUCAGUUCGCUAUAAACACUAGCGAAGAAGCGCAAGCAAAGCCACAACCUCUGGGUUCAAGGGGCUCAGCUUUCGAAACUGUCGCGAACCCUUAUGCCCCUGUGACCGCCCAGAAAAGAGCAAAAUCAAAUUAUAACCCAUACGCACCAAAAAAUCCAGUUGCUGAAACUGAGGAGAUUGUUUCCUCCCAGCAUCAGGAUGUUCCCGAUACAUUGGAAAAACCUUUAGAAGAAGAACUCAAUAUGUUUGCAUACGGUGGAUAUAACACCCAAGACACCAGCGUACCUGAGCGUGUCGAUGAGCCUUCAAGAAACACUGAAAAAAUCGAGGAGAAUGAGCCCACAGAAGGUGACGGGAUUUAUGAGAGCAACAAGCAUGAGCGUCAACUGCAAGCUGAUUUUGGAAGUGUCUCAAAGGUGCAAAGCGAGCCUAGAUUCCAACCCAGAGAUAAAACUGAAUUUACUGAGGAGAGUAGCGAUGACGUGUUAAGCCCACAUGCCAUCCCGGUGAUAAAGCCGGCCUCAAACCCAAAUUUCAAGGCUUUCACGCCCGUUCCUAUCUCAAGUUCGGAGGAACAGUAUGAUGACAUUGUUGAGAAUGAAUCAGAUGACGAGGAAGAUGACGCGGAAGCUCGGAGGCUCGCCAAAGAGACCAAGGCCCGUGAGGCCAAAGCUAAAGAGAACAAAGAGAAAAAGGCACAAGAAGAGGCUGAUAAAAAGGAGCAUGGCAGCUCAUGGUUCGGCUGGCUGCGCAAGGAAAACAAUGAGAAAAAGCCCAUUAAGGCCAAAUUGGGUCACAAAAAUGCAUUCUACUAUGAUGAAAAGCUAAAAAGAUGGGUCAACAAAAAUGCCUCUGAGGAGGAAAAGCAGCAAGUUUCCACCCCACCACCUCCACCACCCAUCAUUAAGAAAAAGCUUGAAGGAUCUCCAAAGGUGAAACCCCGUUCUGGUUCGGUCGCUGGUGGCGCAGCUGCGAGGACAGCUGGAUUCGUUGCUCCGAUCAAUCCUCUCACGGGUGAACCUCUCAUAGCAACAAACGAAGCAGGCGAGUCGAAAGAAGCGGUUAGACAGGGUUCCCCUUCGAUAACCCCGCCAGUAAACCUAUCAGGAAAGAAAGCGAACGGGCUAGAUGACUUGAUUUCUCUUGUAAGCGCUCCAGGAAGUCAGCCUGGCACUAAGCGUAAGAAAAAAGGAGCUAGGGGUUAUGUCAAUGUCAUGAACAACAUGUAA